CAGAAUGCAUUAGAUGAUACACUGGGAUUUGGUGCUAUAGCCGAGCGUGAUCAGUUUACGCUGUCACUGCAACAGAGACCGAGCAACUGCGUUGAAUUACAAUAACAAGACAUUACUAGGUCAUAUAAAAGAAUACCAGAAGCAGACAACUUUUAUAUUAUUAUUAGAGAAGAUUGAUUUAUUUUAACCCCAAAGUUUCACACUUCGUGCUAUGGGGAUUUUACGACUGGAAUAGAGCGGGACGAGGUUUUUAUCGGGAUCCAGGAUGAGUGCCACGGGCUCAGGCAUGGCUCCUUGCCGCUUCGCUCAUUACUUCGUGAUUUGUGGGAUAGAUACUGAGACUGGUCUUGAACCGGAUGAGUUAGCCGCAUUGUACCAAUGGCUAGAAGCAGAUCGUCAUGGCAGGAGCCAAGAUGCUGCAAACGCAGGGGAAAACUUUGAACAGAGCCCUCUGAGAAGAACAUUCAAGUCCAAAGUUUUAGCUCAUUUCCCAGAGACUGUUGAAUGGAACCCCUUUGACCAAGAUGCUGUUAAUAUGCUCUGCAUGCCCAAAGGCCUCUCCUUCAGGACCCAGGUGGACAACCGUGAGCCGCAGUUCCACUCGUACCUCAUAACCCGGGAAGAUGGCUCGCGCACGUAUGGCUUUGUGCUGACGUUCUACGAGGAGGUGACCAGCAAGCAGAUCUGCACAGCCAUGCAGACGCUCUACCAGAUGCACCACGCUGAACACUCAGGCAGCGUCUGUGCCUCGUCUUCCUGCAGCAUGGACUCCCUGGCAAGCAGCAUGGAUGAAGGCGACGCCACCUCUCUGAACAAGCUCCACUGCUGCAGCUCCUACGAUAUGAGUCGCGAUACCCUCUAUGUCUCCAAGGCCCUCUGCCUCAUCACCCCGCUGCCCUUCAUGCAGGCCUGCCGCAAGUUCCUCACCCAGCUCCACCGGGCCGUCAGCUCCCAGCAGCCACCGCCCCUCCCCCUGGAGAGCUACAUCCACAACAUCCUGUAUGAGGUGCCCCUGCCUGCCCCCGGCCGCUCCCUGAAGUUCCAUGGAGUGUACGAGCCCAUCGUGUGCCAGAGACCCAGCCCCAGUGAGCUGCCCCUCGCAGACUACUCACUGAAGCAGGUCUUUGAGCUGCUGGGGGUGGAGAACCUAGUGCAGGUUUUCACCUGCAUCCUGCUGGAGAUGCAGAUCCUGCUCUACUCACAAGAUUACCAGCGGUUGAUGACAGUGGCAGAAGGGAUCACAACGCUACUCUUCCCAUUCCAAUGGCAACACGUGUACGUUCCCAUCCUCCCAGCAUCCCUGCUUCACUUCCUCGAUGCCCCUGUGCCCUACCUGAUGGGGCUUCAGUCAAAAGAAGGAACCGACCGCUCUAAGCUGGAGCUGCCACAGGAGGCAAAUCUCUGCUUUGUGGACAUUGAUAACCACUUCAUCGAGCUCCCAGAGGACUUCCCACAGUUCCCCAACAAACUGGAAUUCAUCCAGGAGAUCUCAGCAGUCCUGCUGCAGUUCGGGAUCCCUCCCGAGGGCAGCCUGCACUGCAGCAAGAGCGCCACCCAGCUGAAGAGCUUGGCGCUGCACGACCUGGUCAAUGACAAGAAGAAUGGCAACCUGCCUGGCGACGCUCUGGCCGUCUUCGAGCUGCUGCAGGGCAAUGCCACGGUGGAGCGGCUGCAGGCCCUGGCAAAGCGCACGGGGGUGACGGUGGGGCGCGUGCAAACGCUGGGCGGCAGCACGGUGAAGGAGAAAGAUGGCAGGCUGCAGUGUGAGGAGGAGGAGCUGCGUGACGCCACGCUCAACGUGCAGGUCCGCGAGGUCUUUGCCAACCGUUUCUCACACAUGUUUGCCGACUAUGAGGCCUUCGUUAUCCAGAGCGCUAUGGACUUGGAAUCCUGGCUUACCAACCGUGAGCAAAUGCAUAACUUCGAUAAGGCCUCGUUCCUGUCAGACCAGCCUGAGCCAUACCUCCCCUUCCUCUCCCACUUCAUUGAGACGCAGAUGUUCGCCACUUUCAUCGACAACAAGAUCAUGUCACAGUGGGAGGACAAGGAGCCCCUGCUCAGAGUUUUCGAUUCUCGCAUCGAGAAGAUGAGGCUCUAUAACGUGCGCAUUCCAAACCUCCGCUCCUCCAACUACCAGAAAAGCACCAUCUUAAAGGAAUCGGCCCAGUCUAUUGAGCAGCGGCUAAUGAAGAUCGAUCACACAGCUAUCCACCCGCACCUGCUCGAUAUGAAGAUCGGGCAAGGCAAAUACGAGCAGGGCUUCUUUCCAAAGCUGCAGGCCGAUGUGCUGGCAGCAGGACCAACCAAUAACAAGUGGGCCAGUCGGACAGGGACAGCCCAGCGAAGGAAAGACCGCCUCAGACAACAUUCCGAGCACCUGGGCCUGGACAAUGAUUUAAGAGAGCAAGUAGAGGGGUGUCUGGUCCUGCAGAACUCAAUGGCAUUCUGGGAGUGGGAUCAGGGCCCACCCCUCCCAUACAACCUCCUAAAAAAGUCCUUCUCUGCCUGCUGUCUGAAAUACAUGCAGGAGGCCAGGAGUUUAGGGAAGAACCUGAGACAGCCCAAACUGUCUGACCUCUCCCCUGCCGUCAUUGCACAGACCAACUGGAAAUUUGUGGAGGGGCUGCUUAAAGAAUGCAGAAUGAAGACUAAGCGAAUGCUGGUGGAGAAAAUGGGCCAUGAGGCAGUGGAACUGGGCCAUGGAGAAGCCAACAUAACCGGGCUGGAGGAGAACACGCUCAUCGCCAGUCUGUGCGACCUGAUGGAAAGGAUCUGGAGUCACGGGCUGCAGGUCAAACAGGGGAAAUCUGCCUUGUGGUCUCAUUUGCUUCAGUACCAAGAGAGGGAAGAGAAAUUGGAACAAACAGCAGUCUCUCCAGUUUUGCUAGGACCAGAGAGACGGAAAUCUGAGACAGGAUUGACCAUGCCUUUCCUCCGGGUGUCCCUUAUUCAAGACAUGAGGCACAUCCAGAACGUGAGUGAAAUAAAGACGGAUGUGGGUCGAGCUCGUGGCUGGAUCAGGCUCUCGCUGGAGAAGAAGCUGCUCUCCCAGCACCUAAAACAGCUGCUGUCCAACCAGGCAUUAACAAAAAAGCUGUAUAAGCGUUAUGCUUUCCUCCGCUGUGAAGAAGAGAAGGAGCAGUUCCUCUAUCACCUCCUCACGCUCAACACGGUUGAUUACUUCUGCUUCACUAGUGUCUUCACUACCAUCAUGAUACCCUACAGAGCAGUGAUCAUCCCCAUAAAGAAGCUGAGCAAUGCAAUCACCACCUCAAACCCCUGGGUCGGUGUCUCAGGAGAGCUGGGGGACUCAGGAGUGAUGCAGAUUCCAAAGAACGUACUGGAGAUCACCUUCGAUUGUCAAAAUCUGGGAAAGCUGACGACAGCUCAAAUCGGACAUGACAACUCUGGUCUGUUAGCGAAGUGGCUGGUGGACUGUGUGAUGGUCAGGAAUGAGAUCACAGGACACACUUACAAGUUCCCGUGUGGCCGCUGGCUGGGGAAGGGGGUUGACGAUGGGAGCCUGGAGAGAAUACUGAUUGGAGAGUUGCUCAUGCCGUGUGCCGACGAGGACCUGAGCAAGCAGUGCAGGACCCCACCACUGCAGCGCUCCCCCACACAGACGCGCCGCCUCAGCAUCACCUCACUGGCAGGCAGGAACAACAAGCCGAAUGCUGGCCAAAUUCAGGAGGCCAUCGGGGAAGCUGUGAAUAAUAUUGUAAAACACUUUCAUAAACCUGAAAAGGAGAGAGGAAGCCUCACAAUCCUGCUGUGUGGUGAGAACGGCCUGGUCUCGGCUCUGGAGCAGUUUUUCCACCACGGGUUCAAAUCUUCCCGCAUUUUCCAGAAGAACGUCUUCGUCUGGGAUUUCAUAGAGAAAGCCGUGGCCUACUUUGAAAUGACGGAUCAGAUUGGGGACACUGAGGAGGAAACGGAAUCAUUCAGAUCCAUGUAUAAAGUAUUCUGUCAUUAUGUGAACGCCAUCAAUGUAACCCCAAGGAACAUUGGAAAAGAUGGAAAAUUCCAGCUUCUUGUUUGUCUUGGGGCAAGGGACCACUUGCUUCCUCAAUGGAUCCCGCUCCUGGUAGAAUGCCCUCUAAUCACAAGGAUGUAUGAAGAAUGUGCUCUGCUGCGGGACCACCUGACAGUGAAUCCCCUCAUUCGGGUGUUACAGACAAUCCAUGAGUUCAAUAUUACACUGGAAUCCUCGCUGGUCAAAGGAAUAACCCUGUAGCCUUACUGUAUGUUAAAAAAGACUGGCUGCCAUGGGAUACUGUAGGGACCUUUUUCUGGCCCAUAUUGCUGCUGGUAGUGCAACACUGGAUGGCAAGUGACAUUUAAUAGAUUGAAAACAAAGGACAUCAAAGACUGGGCCACAAGACGUGGGAGAAAGCAUAGCGGCCUGGUCAGGAAGUAAUUUAUAAAGCUGAAUGCAGUAUUACCUAGCGUGUCUAAAGAAACGUUGACAUUUAGUAAGAAUAUAGAAUAUUUUUCAUGUGUUUAGAUGUGUGUAAAUACGUUUUCAAUAAAAAUAAAAGGUUAAUACACUGCUAAGAUGAGUUUACCAGAAAACAAAAGACAAACAUGUUCUUAUGUAAUGUAAUGUGUUUUGCUGACUAUUUAGUUCAGUAGAAUUUUCAGCUAUUGCUAGAAGGCAUGCUGUCAGUCACACUUGACAAGCAUGGUUCUGUUUUGUUCGCUUUUUUCAGGGAUAGUUUUCUCACUAGCAUGCCAUAGUUACUGCUCGGGAAUUCAAAUGUAGUCACUAGGCAAUAACAUUUUUUUUACAUUAGAUUAGUCAUCAAUAUCGGACUAGUGGCAAGCCCAAGAUUUUUUGAUGAUCAAACUGUAUUGCAGUAGAUCCAUCACCACCAGAUAUUGAUGACUUGUGACAAACGUACCACUUUUAUGGAAUGGCCAUACUGUGCAAGUGUGUCCUUUCUGGAGCAAUUGAUGCACAGCAUGCCUUCUCCAUCACAAGAUCAAAUCCGGGUUCGAAGCCACUGCAUCGUGUUGUGACUAUGAGACCUUCUCUGCCUGGAGGUUGCAUUGUGAAGUUUACUUCUACUGCUGCCAAUGCAAGCUUUAUCUUUAUCUUCAGCUCUGAAUGGCUUUUCUUGUCCAAUUAGAUUUCCGUGUUUCUUUCACAGCAAAAGGGACCCUCCAGUACAGAACACUGCUCUGGUUAUAAUGGAACAUUAAGGCAUUAGUAUAUCAUCAUAACUCAUAAUAAUGUUUGUGCUGGAAACAGGAUAUAUGUGUAUAUAUAUAUAUAUAUAUAUAUAUAUAUAUAUAUAUAUAUAUAUAUAUAUAGUAUCAGAGCUGGAAACGUAUGUUGAAUUUCACGGGAAGAGAAUUGCACUAAAAUAUAUAUUAUCCCAGAUCUAGUGUAUUAAAUCAGUUACAUAUAUAUAUAUAUAUAUAUAUAUAUAUAUAUAUUACAUCAUAGGUAAAAUGUUUUGGCUGAUGAUUUUACCUUGCUAUUAACUUGUGCAAUUAAAGGCCCAACAAGAUUGCCGUGUUUUGUCAGGGCUGUUCUAGUUCAAUCAGCUUGGCCCUGUUUAAAAAGUACAGUGUAUAUAUAAAGUUGCAGUUUUAGUCUCAUAGAAGGCUACGCUCGUCCCAUCACUACAAUAGAUCUGCACUUUACACCACAAUACAUUGCUUAUGCCUAUCUGGCUGUCCAUGGUCUUGCAUAUUACAAAUAGUAUUAAAUGCUCUAAUACUUGAUACACAGUGUAUUCCUGUAUUUUAGUGCAGCUGUGGAACUCCAGUUAAACCUAAAUAAACGUGUCAAGCAAUCUUUAAAAGGGUUGUGCACUCCUUAUGCAUAAGUCAACUAAAUCAACUAGGUAGCCAGGCUUACAGCUUUUGGAGUGUCCAUUUCUAAGUUCACUGUUUAGCAGCUUAAUGAGUACUGUAACAUGGAAUGAUAUUUAAUUCGAGUUUGUACAGUUGUCUUGCAUUUAAAUUGUGUUGUCCUUAAUUAAUGUGGGCAUGCUUUGUGGUGUGCCCAAUUUCAAUAUAAAUAUAAUUCUCUGCAACUGAUCCUACCAAUUGUCCAAUGCAAGAUUGUGUGUAAAUUACAUGUCAGGCCUGUCCAAUAUCACGGCUUUUAUGGGAAUCCUAAUCAUUAAAUGGGGCAAACAGAAAGUUAUGUGUUGGGUUGUACAAACCCGAUUUAAAAUACCAUUGUUCGUGUUACUUCUAAUAAAGCCAGCCUUUUUAAAUGUGUUUUUCUAAUCUCAAGACUAAAAUAUUUGUAGGAGGCUGUGUGGUCCAAUGGUUAAAGAAAAGGGUUUGUAACCAGGAGGUCCCCGGUUCAAAUCCCACCUCAGCCACUGACUCAUUGUGUGACCUGAGCAAGUCACUUAACCUCCUUGUGCUCCGUCUUUCGGGUGAGACGUAGUUGUAAGUGACUCUGCAGCUGAUGCAUAGUUCACACACCCUAGUCUCUGUAAGUCACCUUGGAUUGCUAAAUAAACAAAUAAUAAUAAUAAUUAACUUUCAACUUGCUACACCUUUUAGAUGUUCGUCUUAGAGGGUAGCAAUAUAUAUGGAUCUGUGCAGCUAAUAUUGUGGAGCAUGGCUCUUAACAGUUUAAAUGGAAAGGUUUGCAGUGAUCAAUUACAGUAUAUGUUUACCCCUGGAAGAACUUUUAAAGUGAAACAUAAAAAAAAAAACAGCAUUUAAAGCAUUGCUGCCUUUUUUUUUUUCAGGAUAUCGUGUGAAUGCACUGCAUAAACACAGUUGUGUGUCUUUAUUUUUAUUAAACUUAAGCUCUAGUGUCAGUGCAGUAAAAUGUCUGUUCACAUCACUGUUAUGUUGUAGUAUUUAUGAAACAUUUCAUUAAAAAAGCUUUGUUCCUUA